GCUGCGUCAGAGUGUCAUUCUCACUGCAGUCCAGACAAGUCUCUGUUUCUCUCUGAAAGAAAGUUCAAACUGACUUCAUCAGGUCUUUGUCAACAACACAGCAGAGUCUCUGCCAAACACUGAUAUGGCUGCUGCAAACUAUCUUCCAACUGAAGAUCAGUUUCUGUGCUCCAUCUGUCUGGAUGUGUUCACUGAUCCUGUCAGCACACGGUGUGGACACAACUUCUGCAAAACCUGCAUCAAUACACACUGGAAUAAUAAUGACCAGUACCUGUGUCCCAUGUGUAAAGAGACUUUUACCACAAGACCACAGCUGAGGGUCAAUACUUUCAUCACUGAGAUGGUUGUUCAGUUCAGACAGUCAGCUCAACAGAAAGCCAGCAUCAGCAGCUCAGAGCAACAAGUGUCUGAACCAGGAGAAGUUCCCUGUGACGUCUGCACAGGAACCAAACUGAAGGCCCUGAAGUCCUGCCUGGUGUGUCUGGUCUCCUACUGUGAGACUCACCUGGAGCCUCAUCUGACAGUGUCAGGCCUGAAAAGACAUCAGCUGAUCGACGCUGUGGAGAACCUGGAAGGCAGGAUGUGUACGAAGCACGAUAAACCUCUGGAGCUGUUCUGUAGGACCGACCAGACGUGUGUCUGCAUGCUCUGCACUGUUUUAGACCACAAGAUGCAUGAUGUUGUUCCUCUGAAAGAAGAAUAUGAGGAAAAGAAGGCUGAGCUGGGGAAGACAGAGUCUGAAAUUCAGCAGAUGAUCCAGAAGAGACGGCUGAAGAUUCAGGAGUUAAAACACUCAGUCGACCUCAGUCAGAAAGAUGCAGACAGAGAGAUAUCAGAAGGAGUUCAGGUCUUCACUGCUCUGAAGGAGGCAGUUGAGAGAGGCCUGAACGAGCUCAUCAAAACUAUAGAAGAGAAGCAGAGAACAACACAGAAACAGGCUGAAGACUUCGUCAAAGAGCUGGAACAGGAAAUCUCUGAGCUGAAGAAAAGAAGCACUGAGGUGGUGCAGCUCUCACGCUCUGAAGACCACCUCUAUCUCCUCCAGAGUGUCCAGUCCCUAAACACCCACCACCCAACACCCACCAAGGACUGGACAGAGGUCAGCGUCUGUCCAUCAUCAUAUGAGGGGACUGUGGUGAGAGCUGUGGCUCAGCUGGAGGAGACACUCAGUAAACAGAUGAAGAAGCUGCUCCCUGAUUUUGAGCUGAAGUGGGUCCAGCAGUAUGCAGUGGAUGUGACUCUUGAUCCUGAUACAGCUUAUCAUGAACUGAUCCUGUCUGAUGAUGGGAAACAGGUAAAUGAUAGUAAUGUGAAGAAGAAUCUCCCAGACAAUUCAGAGAGAUUUUCUGAUUUUGUCUGUAUUUUAGGAAAGCAGAGUUUCUCUUCAGGUAGAUUUUACUUUGAGGUUCAAGUCAAAGGAAAGACUGAGUGGGAUUUGGGAGUGGUCAGAGAGUCAAUCAACAGGAAGGGAGACAUCACACUGAGCCCUGAGGAUGGUUUCUGGGCUAUAUGUUUGAGAAAAAGAAACAAGUACAAAGCUCUUGCUGCCCCUGCAGUCCUUCUCUCUCUGAAGUCUCGGCCCAAGAAGGUGGGGGUGUUUGUGGAUUAUGAGGAGGGUCUGGUCUCCUUUUAUGAUGUAGAUGCUGCAGCUCUUAUCUACUCCUUUACUGGCUGCUCCUUCACUGAGAAGCUCUUCCCAUACUUCAGUCCUGGUUUAAGGUAUGGUGGUAAAAAUUCUGCCCCUCUGAUCAUCUGUCCUGUCAGGGUAAAAUAAUCAUGUCUCUCAUUUGAUGUACUGAUUUUUUUUUUCUGUUGAAGGGAACACAAAACAUAUUAAGUGUGGAUGCUGUAUAGUUUACAUCUUAUUUUCUACAGUAACUGUUUCAUAUAAUGAUUGAUCAACACUUCAUUGUGGUUUGAUUGUAUUAGUUGUAUGCCUUUAAACAGGGAAAACAUUCAUUUAAAGCAUUCAUAUCUUCAACCCUGUACAUGACACACAAAGAAUAUCCACUUUAAACUCUGUUGAAGCCACAGAAAUGUAUUAUCACUUCAGGAAGAAAUCACUGUUUCUAUCUUGUGUAAUAAGUGUUUUAGUUAACUAAUGGUCACUUUGGCCAUUUGUUGUGUGUUUUGUGAAUACUGGUAAGAUGGCUUAUGAGUCAAUGAAUAUAUAUUUUUAAAUAUAUGAUUUUUAAAUAAAAAUUGUUAAAUGAACUAGUUGAAUAAAAGUCCAGAGCAAGCAGUUACUUGAGUGAUUUUUAUUAAUUGAGUGUGCUUGAAAAAGCACACUAUAUACUAGGGGUUUAAGGAUACACAAAAAUCACGAUUCGAUACUUACCUCGGUUUUGAGGUCACGGUUCGGUUCAUUUUCGGUAUAGUAUGGAAACAAAAUGCAAAGCCUAAAUUUGCAUGUUAUCUAUUAGCAUGCUUAUAAAUAAUAAACAACAAAUAUAUUUUGCUUGCAAACCAACAAGUUAUUGUGACAUUACACAAAUAUGAAAAUAAAAUAAAAAAUAGAAUACAAUUGCAAAGUUCUGCCUGGUAAUAAUUUAAAUGAAAUGUUCUCAAGUAAACAAAAUAUAUAUAAAAUAAGCUUUCCAAUAAAUAAAAUAUUCUCAAAUAGACAAAAAAUAUAUUAAAUAUUAUAAAAAAU